UGGAGACAUUUUAAACAACUCCAAUAGCUGUGGAGUCUAAACAACCAGUAAGGAAGUGAUUUAUCACAGAGCUUUCAAGACAUUUCGUUUCAAACAGAGACGAUGAUGACUGUUCAAUUGGGAACCCUCUUUGUGAUUUUUAAGGUGUUGUCAUAUGGAUUUGCAGAGGAGUCUCCAUGUACACCUGGCUUUGAGUCGAAGCUGCUGGUUUUUAGGGUCCACAAAGAUCACCUUCAUAGGGGAGAGAGACUCGGGAGAGUCAUUUUUAACACAUGCGAUGGAAGAACAGGAAUAGAUUUUCAGUCCACUGAUCAGGGGAUUGAUCUGAACAUGGAUGGGACUCUGAUGAUGAGGAGGUCAGUGACUCUUCAUGAAGGCCUCAAGGAGUUUUCAGUGUCUGCAUGGGACUCCAGUGGCAAGAAGCACACGGCCUCUGUCAGAGUUGAGCGUGUCCGUUAUCAUGAGCAUCAUGACGUGAAUGCAUUAAUGAAUACCUCCUCUGUAAAGAUGGAAUCUUCCUCUGAUGAUCUGGUUCUGACAUUUCCAAAGUCUUCAAGUUUAAAGAGAGCAAAGAGAGGUUGGAUUAUUCCUCCAAUCAGUGUACUUGAGAAUAGAAGAGGUCCGUUCCCAAUGAGGCUGGUCCAGAUAAAGUCUGAUUAUGCUACUGAAACUCGGAUGGUAUACAAGAUCACUGGGGAAGGUGCAGAUUUGGAGCCUAAGGGGAUUUUCCAAAUAGACAAACUAUCAGGGUGGGUCAGUGUGACUCAGCAACUUGACAGAGAAAACAAAGCUUUUUAUAAACUUGUAGCUCAUGCAAAUGGAGUUGAUGUGAAUAUUUUAGAAAAGCCAAUGGAGAUAGCUAUAACCGUGAUAGACCAAAAUGAUAAUAAGCCUGUGUUUACUCAAAAUCCUUUCAAUGGAAAUGUUCCUGAAGCUGCUAAAAAUGGUGAAGUGUUCAUGACUGUCACAGCCACUGAUGCAGAUGAUAAAGAAAAUACUAAUAAUGCUGAUAUCAGUUAUUCCAUUAUCAGCCAAGAUCCACCAUCUCCAAAACCAAACAUGUUUGCCAUCAAUCCUGUAAGUGGAGGGAUUUCUGUGCUAGAAACAGGCCUGGACAGAGAGCAAUGGUCCAGAUAUACUUUGGUUAUUACGGCUGCUGACAUGAACGGAGAGGGUUUGGUAUCCACUGCCACAGCAGUUAUUACUGUUACUGACAGCAAUGAUAAUGCACCUCAGUUUGGCGGAGGUUGGAUUAUUCCUCCAAUCAGUGUACUUGAGAAUAGAAGAGGUCCGUUCCCAAUGAGGCUGGUCCAGAUAAAGUCUGAUUAUGCUACUGAAACUCGGAUGGUAUACAAGAUCACUGGGGAAGGUGCAGAUUUGGAGCCUAAGGGGAUUUUCCAAAUAGACAAACUAUCAGGGUGGGUCAGUGUGACUCAGCAACUUGACAGAGAAAACAAAGCUUUUUAUAAACUUGUAGCUCAUGCAAAUGGAGUUGAUGUGAAUAUUUUAGAAAAGCCAAUGGAGAUAGCUAUAACCGUGAUAGACCAAAAUGAUAAUAAGCCUGUGUUUACUCAAAAUCCUUUCAAUGGAAAUGUUCCUGAAGCUGCUAAAAAUGGUGAAGUGUUCAUGACUGUCACAGCCACUGAUGCAGAUGAUAAAGAAAACACAGAGAACGCUGAUAUCAGUUAUGCCAUUAUCAGCCAAGAUCCACCAUCUCCAAAACCAAACAUGUUUGCCAUCAAUCCUGUAAGUGGAGGGAUUUCUGUGCUGGAAACAGGCCUGGACAGAAAGCAAUGGUCUAGUUAUACUUUGGUUAUUUCGGCUGCUGACUUGAAAGGAGAGGGUUUGUCAACCACUGGCACAGCAGUUAUUACUGUUACUGACAGCAAUGACAGCACACUUCAGUUUAAGAGAGGUUGGAUUAUUCCUCCAAUCAAUGUAGCUGAGAAUAGCAACGGCCCUUUCCCAAUGAGGCUGGUCCAGAUAAGGUCAGAUUUUGCUUCUGAAUCUCAGAUGACAUACGAGAUCACAGGUGAAGGGGCAGAUCUGGAGCCUAAAGGGAUUUUCCUAAUAGACAGAGUAUCAGGGUGGGUCAGUGUGACUCAGAAACUUGACAGAGAAACAAAAACUUCAUACAAACUUGUAGCUCAUGCAACUGGAGUGGAUGUGAAUAUCGUAGAAAAGCCAAUGGAUAUUGUUGUAAAUGUGAUGGACCAAAAUGAUAAUAAGCCAGUGUUUACUCAAAGUCUUUUCAGUGGAAGUGUUCCUGAAGCUUUGGUAAAGGGUGAAGUGUUCAUGACGGUCACAGGCACUGAUGCAGAUGAUAAAGAAAAUACUGACAAUGCUGAUAUCAGUUAUGCCAUUAUCAGCCAGGAUCCACCAUCUCCAAAACCAAACAUGUUUGCUAUCAAUCCUGUAAGUGGAGGGAUUUCUGUGCUGGAAACAGGCCUGGACAGAAAGCAAUGGUCCAGAUAUACUUUGGUCAUUACUGCUACUGACAUGAAUGGAGAGGGCUUGUCAACCACUGCCACAGCAGUUAUUACUGUUACUGACCCAGCCCGUUGGAGUCUAAACAAUCAGUUAGGUGAUAUCUCCUUUCAAGACCUUUCAAGACCUUUCAAGACAGAGACAAUGAUGACUGUGCAAUUGGGAACCAUUUUUUUGUUUUAUAAGGUGUUGUCAUGUGGAUUGGCAGAGGAGUCAUGUACUCCUGGCUUUGAGUCGAAGCUGCUGGUUUUUAAAGUCCACAAAGAUCACCUUCACAGGGGAGAGAGACUCGGGAGAGUCCUUUUCAACACAUGCGAUAUACAAACAAGAGUACAUUUUCAGUCCACUGAUCAGGGCAUUGAUCUGAACAUGGAUGGGACUCUGAUGAUGAGGAGGUCAGUGACUCUUCAUGAAGGCCUCAAGGAGUUUUCAGUGUCUGCAUGGGACUCCAGUGGCAAGAAGCACACGGCCUCUGUCAGAGUUGAGCAUGUCCGUUAUCUCGGGAAUUAUGACGUGAAUAAAUUAAGGAAUACCUCCUCUGUAGAGAUGGAAUCCCCCGUUGAUGAUCUGGUUCUGACUUUCCCAAAGUCUUCAACUGGUUUAAAGAGAGCAAAGAGAGGUUGGAUUCUUCCUCCAAUCAUUGUAUCUGAGAAUAGCAAAGGUCCAUUCCCAAUGAGGCUGGUCCAGAUAAAGUCAUAUUAUGCUUCUGAAUAUCAGAUGGCAUACAAGAUCACAGGUGAAGGAGCAGAUCAGGACCCUAAAGGGAUUUUACAAAUAGACAGACGAUCAGGGUGGAUCAGUGUGACUCAGUCACUUGACAGAGAAAAAAAAGCUUCAUACAAAAUUGUAGCUCAUGCCACUGGAGUGGAUGUGAAUAAAGUGGAGAAGCCAUUCGAAAUUAUUGUAACUGUGACAGAUCAAAAUGAUAAUAAGCCUGUGUUUACUCAAAGUCCUUUCAAUGGAAAUGUUCCUGAAGCUUUGGAAAAGGGUGAAGUGUUCAUGACAGUCACAGCCACUGAUGCAGAUGAUAAAGAAAACACUGACAAUGCUGAUGUCAGUUAUGCCAUUAUCAACCAAGAUCCACCAUCCCCAAAACCAAACAUGUUUGCUAUGAAUCAUGUAAGUGGGGGGAUUUCUGUGCUGGAAAAAGGCCUGGACAGAGAGCAAUGGUUCAGAUAUACUUUGGUUAUUACAGCUACUGACAUGAAAGGAGAGGGUUUGUCAACCACUGGCACAGCAGUUAUUUCGGUUACUGACAGCAAUGAUAAUGCACCUCAGUUUGAGCAAACCUCGUACACUGUAUCGGUCCCAAAAAAUAAAGUUGGGGCAGUAGUGGCCAAACUUCCAGUUACUGAUGGAGAUGACCCUGAAUCAACAGCCUGGUCAACCAAGUAUCGGAUCAUUAGUGGUGACAAGGAUGGGUUUUUCAAUGUCAGCACUGGACCCAACCGUUUAGAGGGCGUCAUAAUGACUGUAAAGCCUCUGAACUAUGAAAAGACCAAGCAGUACAUUCUGUCUGUGAUUGUUGAGAACGAUGAUAAAUUUGUCGGUUCUUUGCCUACUUCAACUGCCACAGUCACUGUGAAUGUAGUAGAUGUGGAAGAACCACCUGAGUUUAUUCCAGAGAAGAGUAUUUUCAAACCUGAAUAUUUAGCAGUUGGUAGUGAUUUGAUCAUUUACACAGCAGAUCCACACACUGGAAAAUCACAGAAGAUUGCUUAUUUGGAAGACCACAAUGGAAAUAAGCCAUGCAGGGGCUUUACUGUACUUUUUAUCCUCAACGGUUUAUUUCAAGAUACCAUGGACAGGCCCUAA